AUGGUACCACUACAGAAUUAUCGUAAGACUCGAAGUGUGUUACUCGUCUGGACACACGCGAAAUGAAGACACAUUCCGAUGCCGAGGAGAGUCUCCGUCUGUGGCGGGAAUCGAGUGAGGUCAAAUGGUGCCCACACGAAGGAUCGAAGAUCGCGGAGUUUUACAAGGAUAAGACGGUUUUCGUCACCGGAGCCACCGGAUUUUUGGGGAAGCUGUUAGUGGAGAAGCUGUUAAGGGCAUGUCCCGAUAUAGAGGCCAUCUAUAUUUUGGUCAGGCCGAAGAAGGGAGAAGAUGAACACACCAGGGUGGAUAAAUUGUACAGUGACCAGAUCUUCAGCCCUCUAGCCAAACUAUUCCCAAAAUUCCAACACAAAAUCAGCAUACUUAAAGGCGACGCGUCUUUGCCAAACCUAGGUUUAACGGACUCCGGUAUAUCCACCAUAACAGAAAAUGUACACGUGAUCUUCCACAUAGCGGCCACCGUAAGGUUCGACGAAAAAAUAAACGUAGCGACGGCGAUUAACGUCCGUGGUACUCGCGAUCUUCUCAAGAUCGCCAAACAGUGCAAACACUUGGAGUCUUUCGUCCAUGUUAGUACCGCCUAUGCCAACUGCAACCAAUCCGAAAUCAAAGAAGUCUUCUACAAAUUACCCAUCACAGCUGACGAGUUGAUCGAGAUGGUCGAGACAACGCCGGAGAAGACGUUGAUAGAAGAAACCCCGAAAAUUAUCCAAGGUUGGCCCAACACAUAUACCUUCACCAAAGCUAUUGCAGAAGACGUCGUCUCUCACUACGGAAGAGGUCUUCCGGUCUGCAUGGUACGACCAGCAAUAGUUAUAGCGACAUACAAAGAGCCUCUUAGAAGCUGGAUUGACAAUUUAUAUGGCGCCACCGGUAUAGUAGUAGGCGCCGGUACUGGUCUACUCCGAACAAUACACUGCGACCCAAACAAAAGUGCAGAGUUAGUACCCGGAGACUACGUCAUUAACAACAUGAUUGCCGCUUCAUACCAAACCGCAGUAGACAAAAACACCAAGGAUAUUCCCAUUUACAACUACGUUUCCAGCCGCGAAAAUCGCGAAAACUGGGAAUCUUUCAUGUUCAAGUGCAAGAAAUGGGGGAUCGGACUUCCCACCACUCGGUGUGUUUGGUGUUACAGUUUGACUUUAAACAAAAACUACUUUGUGCAUUUUCUUUACACCGUAUUCUUACACCUACUACCAGCUUUAGUCAUGGAUUUUGGACUACUGUUAUCAAGACAGAAGCCGAUUAUGUUGAAGAUCUACAAAAAGAUCAUCAAAUUCGAGUCAGUCAUUUCCCACUUCUGUUCAAACGAGUGGAAGUUCUACAACGACAAUACGCAAGCGUUGUGGAAGGGUUGCUCAAGUGCCGACCAAAAGAUGUUUCCUUUUAGUAUUAAGGAGCUCGAUUGGAACGAGUACCAGAAGACGCAUUGUUUGGGUUUGAGGACGUUUGUGAUAAAAGACGACCCUUCGACGAUUCCUCAAGCCAAACCAAAGUGGAGACGGUUUUACUUGGCCCAUAAGUUGCUCAAAGCUGUGUUCUAUUUUGUGAUAGUGUAUAUGUUGUACUCAGUUUUGGGAAGGUUGAUUUCUUAGCCACAAUGAAGAGGUUGAGGUUGGUUGUGUAUUUAUUUAUAACUGAUGAUAAUAAUAGAUAUUUAAAAUAU